CGACAUGAACGUGUUAAACAGUGACAGACGGAAGAAGAAGUGAGUGAAAUGAACUCAUGACUGAAGCUUGACUUUCUGCUGCAGCCUGUGUUUUUUUCCGCGUUAAUCUCGACAUUAAACCUUUUUUCUGACGCAGUAAAAAUGUCGUUGAGGUUCGAAAACAAAGUCGCGAUAGUGAGCGGAGGAUCUAAAGGCGUGGGCCGAGGAAUCGUCUCAGUGUUUGUCAAAAACGGCGCUAAAGUGGUGUUUUGUGCCAGAGGAAGUGCAGCAGGUGAGGCUCUGGAGGCGGAGCUAAACAAAGCAGGACCGGGGUCGUGCAAAUUCAUAUCAUGUGACAUUUCCAAACAGGACGACAUCAAGAGACUGAUUGACUUCACUGUGGACCAGUACGGACACAUCGACUGUCUCGUCAACAACGCAGGCUGGCAUCCACCUCAUAAAGCCACCGAUGACACGACAGCAGACGAGUUCAGAGACCUGCUCAAUCUGAACCUCAUCAGCUACUUCUUGGCUUCUAAAUACGCGUUGCCGUAUUUGCGUCAGCGUCGUGGAAACAUCAUAAACGUGUCCAGUCUGGUCGCGACCAUCGGGCAGAAGGACGCGGUGCCGUACGUUGCCACCAAGGGGGCGAUCAUCUCCAUGACAAAGGCCAUGGCUGUGGACGAGAGUCGCUACAAUGUCAGAGUGAACUGCUUCUCUCCAGGUAACGUGAUGACGCCACUGUGGGAGGAGCUAGCGGGACAGACGCCAGACGCCGCCGCCGCCAUUGACAUGGGUGAAAAGUGUCAGCUGAUGGGUCGAAUGGGGACAGAGGAAGAGUGUGGACUGGCCGUCCUGUUUCUCGCUGCCGACGCUACUUUCUGCACUGGGAUUGACCUGCUCUUCACCGGAGGAGCUGAGCUCAACUACGGCAUCAAGACUCAGAUUCUGUCCUGACCUGGUCCGGAUCCUGUCCUGACGCAGCCCUGAUCCAUCUCUGACCUGGUCCAGACCCUCUGCAGCUCCUCAUGGUUGUUAGUUGAGCUGGUUAAUCGAGAUUAAUCUACGAUAUUACACACGUUUGACCUAAUGUUUCCUAAAGCUAGAUCCCAAAGAUCAGUGUGUGAGACUCUGUUUACGCUUAAUGCUGUAAUACGUAACCUUUAUAUACAUUUCUGUCAAAUGCAUUCACACACAAUGUU